AUGGGAUUGGUGAGUCAGUUCAAAGCUCCCAAAUAUGAUGAACCAAAUUCACCAAAAGAUCAAUUUCAGUGGCUUUACACUAAUGGCUUGCUUGGAUGGAGGUACACAUGGUGUAUUGGCUUUCAGAGAGUCCAGAAUGGUGUGUUAAUUUUUGGAGAUAUUGUUCUUAAAGAUAAGAUCUUUGUAUAUGAUUUAUCAAAGAAACGAAUUGGAUGGACUGAUUAUGAUUGUUCAAGUGAUGUAAAUGUCUUUAUAACUUCAAGUAAAGAUGAAUUUAAAAAUGCGGGAGAGUUGAAUGAGAGCACUUCAUCAAGAACCACAAGUGUUCUUCAAGCUCUAUGGGGAUUUGUGAAUGACAUGUAUAAGACAAAUGUAAUUCUGAUGCUUCCACCACAUCUGAUUCACUGAUUGGAUUAGCUUGCAUUUAUGUAGCCAAUAUGCUCAAGGAGAAAGAGAAUGUUGCUUGGUUUGAAGAUCUAAGAGUUGACAUGAAUGUGGUAAUUGUUUUGGAUAAUGAUUUUUGAUAUUAUGAAUGUUUUGAAAGUUUGAAUUGUAGC